GCGAGCAGCCGGAGGCGAUGGGCAAAUGGGCUAGGGAGCCCGCCCGCGCCGCCCCCGCGGCGCCCACGUGCAGCGGCGGAGUCAGGGGCCUCCCGGGGACCGUGGGCCCCCAAAGCAGUGUUCCUUGUGCCGGGCCCUCCCCACAAGCACGGGGCUGGAAAGAGGCCCAGAGACGCCAAGUAACCGGUGCGGGGUCGCUGAGCAGAGAGGGCAAGACGCAGCACCAACCAGCCCAGGGGUUCGCCCAAAGGCCGGGCCUGGAGCCGGAGCCCGUCCCAGCCCCGCGGGAGUCCGAGGGGGCUGGGGCGGGCAGGUUCGCGGAGGGUGGGCUGCGGUUCCCGGGCCCAUACCGGGGGGGCGGAGCUCAGAGCUGGGCCGUCCCGGGGGCGGGGCGACCCGGGGGCGGGGCCGGCCGCCUGUGUUUGUUGCACCGUGUCAGUUACAUUGUAACAAAAGUGGUGCAGCCGCUCCUCUGGUCAGCACCCCAGGCCCGCCCGCCGCCAGCUGUCGCCGACAUGGAACCCGUGGCUAGCAACAUCCAGGUCCUGCUGCAGGCGGCCGAGUUCCUGGAGCGCCGCGAGAGAGAGGCCGAGCAUGGCUACGCGUCCCUGUGCCCGCACCGCAGUCCGGGCCCCGUCCAAAGGAGGAGGAAGCGAUCCCCGCAAGCUCCUGGCGCUCUGGACAGUGGGCGGUCUGUGCACAACGAAUUGGAGAAGCGCAGGAGGGCCCAGCUGAAGCGGUGCCUGGAGCAGCUGAAGCAGCAGAUGCCCCUGGGGGCUGACUGUGCCCGAUACACCACACUGAGCCUGUUGCGCCGGGCCAGGAUGCACAUCCAGAAACUGGAGGAGCAGGAGCAGCGAGCCCGGAGGCUCAAGGAGAAGCUGCGCAGCAAGCAGCAGAGCCUGAAGCAGCAGCUGGAGCAGCUCCGGGGGCUGGCAGGGCCAGGCGAGCGGGAGCGGCUGCGGGCGGACAGCCUGGACUCUUCAGGCCUCUCCUCCGAGCGCUCCGACUCAGACCAAGAGGAGCUGGAGGUGGACGUGGAGAGCCUGGUGUUCGGGGGUGAGGCUGAGCUGCUGCGGGGCUUCAGCACCGGCCAGGAGCACAGCUACUCACACUGCGGCGGUGCCUGGCUAUGACCUUUGCCGCCCCAGAGCGGGCCUCUGCCCUCAGACCACCCUCUGCUCUGCCAGGGAGGAGCCUCCUCAAGCCUCAAGGGCUGCUCGGAGUCACCUCCUGUUGGAAUGGACUAAAAGGACCCUUGUGUGGGAACAGGUGCUCCCCCUACCCCGCUGCUGGCUGCCGGGAGUCCCUUCUGGGAACGGGGCCUGCGCCCCCAAGCCCUGCAGGGCAGGCAGCUUGGGCCUGGGCUGCCCAUCUAGGCCUUUUUUGAAGCACUGGGCUCUGCUGUCCCCAUGAGGGUAGGAAGCCUCUUGGGCCCUCACGUUUCUUCCUAGACAAGGCCCCCUGGCCUUUGCUCCGCAGAUACUGUACAGUAUUUUCAUUAAAAGCCUCUUUCUUAA